CAGCACGUGCGAACGUUAGGGCUGGGUCUCCGGGAUAGAAGGUGGGCACCUCCUACGCGUGUUGAAGAGGUUCUCGGUUAGCUUCUAGAGUUCAGACCUCAUGGCAGAGAUAAUUCAGGAGCGCAUUGAAGAUCGACUCCCUGAAUUGGAACAACUGGAGCGCAUUGGACUGUUCAGUCACGCGGAGAUUAAGGCUAUCAUUAAGAAAGCCUCGGAUUUAGAAUACAGAAUACAGCGAAGAGCUCUUUGUAAGGAAGACUUUAUCAAUUAUGUUCAAUAUGAAAUUAAUCUUUUGGAGCUGAUCCAGAGAAGAAGAACUCGCAUUGGGUAUUCAUUUAAGAAGGAUGAGAUUGAGAAUUCUAUUGUACAUCGGGUACAAGGUGUCUUCCGACGUGCUUCAGCAAAGUGGAAAGAUGACGUUCAACUUUGGCUAUCCUAUGUAGUCUUUUGUAAGAAAUGGGCUACCAAAGCUCAACUUAGUAAGGUAUUCUCUGCCAUGUUGGCCAUUCAUUCAAACAAGCCAGCUUUGUGGAUUAUGGCAGCCAAAUGGGAAAUGGAAGAUCGCUUGUCUUCAGAAAGCGCAAGACAACUGUUUCUUCGAGCUCUGCGCUUUCAUCCACAGUGCCCAAAACUUUAUCAAGAAUACUUUAGGAUGGAGCUGAUGCAUGCUGAGAAAUCGAGGAAGGAAAAGCAAGAAUUUGAAAAAGCCAACAUGGAUAUGGGGAAUCUUGAUUGUCCUGAAGAAAUCCUUACAGGCGAAUUGGCACGGAUCAUCUACAAAAAUUCUGUAAGCAUAAUUAAAGGUGCAGAAUUUCAUGUGUCAUUGCUUUCAAUUGCACAGCUAUUCGACUUUGCCAAAGAUCUGCAAAGAGAAAUUUAUGAUGACCUUCAAACUUUGCACACAGAUGACCCUCUCACUUGGGAUUAUGUGGCACGACGAGAAUUAGAGAUCCAUUCGCAGCCAGGAGAAGAGCAACCUGCCACGAAACAAGCCAAAGCAGUGGAGGUGGGCCGGAAGGAGGAGCGGUGCUGUGCUGUAUAUGAAGAAGCAGUAAAGACUCUCCCUACAGAGGCCAUGUGGAAGUGUUACAUUAACUUUUGCUUGGAAAGGUUUACUAAGAAGACAAAUAGUCAUUCCCUCAGGGAGAAGAGGCUGGAAAGAACCAUGGUUGCAUUCAGGAAGGCACAUGAACUCAGACUUCUACCAGAAUUCCAAUACAAGCAGUGGAUUGAGUUGUUGCUGCAUCAUGACUUCUUUAAGGAAGCUCUGCAGGUGGCAGUAGCCGGGACUGAAUUGUUUAGAGACUCCGUGAUGAUGUGGCAGAUGAAGCUGCAAGUGCUGAUUGACUCAAAGAGCCCUGACAUAGCCAUGCUUUUUGAAGAAGCCUUUGUGCACCUAAAACCCCAGGCUUGUCUGCCAUUGUGGAUUUCUUGGGCAGAAUGGAGUGAAGGUGCCAAAAGACAAGAAGACACUGAAGCCAUCUAUAAGAAAGCUAUCUUAGCUGUUACAGGUGCUGACUCAGUCACUCUGAAGGAGAAGUACCUAGAUUGGGCUUAUCGAAGUGGUGGCUACAAAAAGGCCAGAGCCGUGUUUAAAAGUUUACAGGAAAACCGUCCAUUUUCGGUUGAUUUUUUCAGGAAAAUAAUCCAGUUUGAAAAGGAGCAAGAAUCCUGCAAGAUGGUGAACUUAAGAGAAUAUUAUGAGAGGGCUUUGAGAGAGUAUGGAUCUGUAGAUUCUGAUCUUUGGAUAGAUUACAUCAAAGAAGAAUUGAACCAUCCCCUUGGUAGACCUGAGAACUGCGGACAGAUCUAUUGGCGAGCCAUGAAAAUGCUGCAGGGAGAGUCAGCAGAGGUGUUUGUAGCUAAACAUGCUAUGCAUCAAGCUGGCCAUUUGUGAAAAGUGGAAGAAUACAGCUAACUUUGUGAAAUAGUAUUGUAAGCCUUCUGGUAGAUUUAUGUUGAGUUCAUCUGCAAUUUGCUGAGAGAUGGCUGGCUGAUUUUGAGACAUGCUUUAAUUCUGUUAAUGUGUUAAUCUUUAAUUCCAGAAAGGAGAACUGCUGUUUAGUGUCCAGAGGCUAUUUGUUGAGGCUGGAUCUAUUAGAAGUCCUAAAUGUUUUCCAAAAUAUGUGGAAAUCAUACAGCUGAGUUUCUUUUAUUACCCUCUGGUCAAGGACAGAUAUCUCUAGAUGUAGGGGCUGGUUAAAGUGGAGGAAAAAGUACAGUUCUGUUUGUUUAUUCUCUCCUUAUUAUAUACAUUUGUUGUAGAAAAUGUGGUGAGUGUAGAAUAGUUAGAAGAAAAUAAAAGCAUUCUGUGAUAUCAUCUGGAGUUAAACUCAGUAAUUUGACUUCCUUUAUCAGGAUUGGAUUUAUCCUGUUAAAUCAUUUAGUCACUCAUUCAUUGAGUGCCCAUCAUAAGCAGGAAAGAAGGGAAAGUCUUUGAGAUGAAGGCAGGGGUUGGAGGAACAGCUGGAUGUCCUGAACGCUGGAUGUCCUAAAACCAGCGGGAGAGGAUGCUGGGUAUUGGGGAAAAAAAUCCUUUAAGAAGAUUAAGACAUUAUAAAAGUGUUUUCUAUCUCUGGGACUGAUCUGCAGAGAAGUGUUUAUAGUGAGGGGGACUGGCAACAAAAGAAGGGCAGGAAUAGGGAGUAGAUUAGAGCAGCGGAGAAGGACUUCAGAGGUGAUGAUGGAGCAUGGCUAGGAGCAGAGAAAGGCAUUCUGGGAGUGGGAGAGGGAGCUGUCUGAAUUUUGUAUACUUAACAUUAUGAUGCUACUGGGAGAAGCAUUUAGUACAGUUUACUUGUGUUUCACUUAAUAUUCUGUUAUUUACCAUGUCAUUAAAAUAGCCUUAAAAACAUUUGAUGAAUUUAUAACAUUCAAUUGGGUAGAUGAGCCAUACUUAUUUUACUAAUUACCUGUGGUUAGACCUUGUCACGUCCAGUUUUUUCUCAUUAUAAAUGCUGUUGAUGAAGUUUCUUGUAAAUUUUUGUUCCCAUCUCGGGUUCUUUCUUUAGGAGAUUGACAUCUGACAGAAUUGGAUUAAAGGAUUUAACUGUUUAAAGGAAUAUUGAUAUAUAUUGUCACUUUGCAACAUAUGAAAAUACUUUUAAGCAAUAUAUGAAAAUGUCAACACCUUCACCUGCAGUGGAUAUUAUAUUUUUUAUUUUUAUCAUUUUAAUAGGUGAAAAGUGAUGUCAUUGUUUUAAUGUGCAUCUUUUGACAUUAAUGACAUUAAUGUGUUUUUCCUGGUUCUCUUGUCUUUCCAUGUUUUUUGAUUGUUUAUUGAACUCAUUUCUUACUAAAUUAUAAGAGUUUUUAUAUUAAGAAUAUUAAUCUUUAGUUUGUCUCUCCUUUAUUGCAAAUAAUUUGCCCCCAGUUUUUUUUGUGUAUGUUUUUGACGUGCGUGUGUGUGUGUGUGUGAUUUCUGUUGUUGAAACUCUCUUGCCAAGGACAACUCAGUUUUUUUCCCCCAAGGUUAACUAAAUUUUUCACAACACCAUUUGUAGCCAUUUUUUUCUCUGCUAAUUUGUGAUACUACUUUUAUUAUAUAUUAAAUUCCUACAAAUAUUA